CCCAAGGUGCCGGUGCUGUACGAGGUGGAGCGCACCCGCACGGGGAAGAGCUUCUCGGUUCGUUCCGUAAAGGCCAUCCAGCACGGAAAGCCGAUCUUCACCUGCCAGGCCUCCUUCCAGCUCACCCAGGGGAGCCCAGUGCAGCACCAGUUCACCAUGCCCACCGUGCCACCCCCGGAGGAGCUGCUGACGCAAGAGGAGCUCAUCCAGAAGAACCCUAACUUGGCAGAGCGGUACAGAAAGCAUCUCAACAAGAUUCAAGCCGAAGACGUGCCGAUCGACAUCAAGCCUGUGAACCCGCCGGACGUGUUCUGCUCGGAGCCGCAGGAGCCGAAGCAGGUCUUCUGGGGGCGGGCGCGCGGGGGAGAGACUGACAUGAAGGUGCACUGCUGCGUGGCUGCCUACAUCUCCGACUAUGCCUUCCUGGGCACGGCCCUGCUCCCGCACCGGCAGUACCACAUCAAGUUCAUGGUGUCCCUCGACCAUUCCAUGUGGUUCCAUGCGCCCUUCCGAGCGGACCACUGGAUGCUGUACGAGUGCGAAAGCCCCUGGGCUGGUGGGUGCCGGGGACUGGUGCAGGGCCGGCUGUGGCGGCGGGACGGGGUCCUGGCUGUCACCUGUGCGCAGGAAGGAGUCAUCCGGGUGCAGCAGGUGCCAGAACAGAGCAAGCUCUAG